UGGUGCAUAAUUAUUGAAGAAUAUUAAUAUUCCAUUUUCACAUUGAAGACUAAUUUCUAGUUGAAACUAACAAACAUAUUUUUUCAACCUUAUUACAGACUACAAAUCCUUUUCAAUCAAUCACAUCAUGUCGCAAAAUCAUGUUUCAUCGUAUUCAAUUAAAUAUGAGCAAUAUAAAAAAAUCGCACGACAAUGUGUAGUAGUUGUAGAUCACAAAGUUGAGGAAGAAAGUGCGCAUUGGCAACUUGUGUUGGAAUAAGCAGUGGUGGCCACGUUGGGAAGUUAGUAACAUUAAUGUGGAAUAAUUGAUGGUGAAAUUCCAAAAAUAGAUCAAGGAGCGAAAACUUCUCAUAGCCAUUAACCCCCUAAUGUUGUGCUAACUUUUCAGUUUCAUUGUUGUUCAGUCACUCUCAUGUGAAUUGUGUAAGAAAGGGAAGAAGAGAUCGGAGAUGUUGCAGAGAGCUGCGAACCAUGCAUAUUCAUGGUGGUGGGCCAGCCACAUUCGCACCAAGCAAUCCAAAUGGCUCGAGCAGAGCCUUCAAGACAUGGAAGAGAAGGUACAAGGCAUGCUCCAACUGAUUGAAGGAGAUGGGGACUCCUUUGCAAAGAGGGCGGAGAUGUACUACCAGAGGCGGCCCGAGCUCAUCUGCGCGGUCGAGGAGGCCUUCAAGGUCUUCCGCUCGUUGGCUGAUCGCUACGACCUCUUAUCGAAAGACUUCCAAAACGCCAACCACACCAUUGCAACUGUCUUCCCCGAGCAGGUGCAGUUUGGCAUGGCGGACGACGACGAGAUCCCCCCCAAGAUCCCGGACAACUUUGUCGUCCCGGAGGCGAACAUGUCGAAGAUCCCCAAGCCUCCGGUCAGGGAUCUCAAGACCAUCAUUACUAAGGCCUCAAGGCAGUUUAAGGCAAAGAAGGUCAAGGGUCAGAGCCGUCCGAAACCUGUUGUCGUGUCGGGGCUCACCAAGGAGGAGGCCCUUGAGGAGAUCAACAAGCUGCAUAAGGAGAUCCUGUCUUUGCACACUGUGAAGGAGUUUGUGAAGAGCUCUUUUGAGAGUGGGAUAGCCAAGUAUUGGGGGAUUGAGAGCCAAGUCAUGGAGAUGCAGCAGAAGAUUUCUAGGCUGCAGGAUGAGUUUAGUAUGGAUAGUGUGAUCGAGGACGACGAGGCUCGUACGCUCAUGGCUGAGGCGGCGUUGAAGUCGUGCCAGGAGACGCUCGCUAUGCUUCAGGAGAAGCAGGACAAGACUUCCCUCGAGGCGAAGGACGAGUAUGAUCGGAUUCAGGCUGCGUGCGAGCGCUUGAAGUCGCUUCGGGAGAAGUACAUGCUUGAGCAGAGUGAUGGGGCUGAAAGGCCAGGGAGUUUAUCGCAUGAGUUUAGUAAAGACUUGGCUGCGUUGCUGCAGGAGACGAAGGAGCUCGAGGAGCUGCCUGAGAAGUUGGAGGAGAGCUUGGACACUGGCUCAUUGGGCACAUUGUCUGUCACACAGUUGGCUGAGAAGAUUGAUCUGUUGGUGAAUAAGGUGAUCACGUUGGAGACGGCUGUGUCGUCUCAGACGGUCCUUGUGAACACGUUGAGGGCGGAGAACGAUGAGCUGAAUGUGCAGAUCCAGAGUUUGGAGGAGGUGGAGGAGGAUGGGGGCCUUGGUGGGGACACUGAGGGGUUGAGCUCCAAGGUCAUUCAAAUGGAGGAGAAGCUUAAUAAGGUGCAAGAUUUGAACAAGAAUGUUGAGAGCCGCAACAAUACGCUUCAAACGAAUUUCGCCAAGGCGAAAACGAGCAUUGACACUCUUGCGGAGAAGCUGAGUAGUGUGACGGUGGAGGAUGAUCUUGAGGCUGCUUGUAGGAAGCCGGAUGGCGUGGUUGCUGGUGACCCUUCGGACGAAGUGAGUGAUGUCAAGGCGAAUGCAGAGGAAGUAACCGUUGAUGAAGUGGCCGGUGACCCUUCGGACGAAGUGAGUGAUGUCAAGGCUAAUGCAGAGGAAGUAACCGUUGAUGAAGUGGCCGAGGCCUUUGCAGAUGCUGAUGAUAGUCUCUUGACAGAUGCAGAGACGGGCGAGGAGGCUGGUCGCUCCUCAAGCGAUUUGAAGGGAGACGAACAAGGGGUGGACGUUGAUGAGGAUGAUGAUGAUGCUGGCCGCACCUCAGAGAGUCUGGCCACACGAGAGGCGGGCGAAGAAGAGGAAGAGGUGUUCAAAGAUGUGAGAGAGGUACAGAAUGUAGAACAAGGAGUGAACAAGGUUCGACGCUCGUUCUCAUCCGUGCAAGAGAAGGAACACAACGAGAACAUGGUAAGGAAAACAACAUCCUUCUCUAGCCGCAAAACAAUUAUGGAGAUUCUGGAAGAAGAUUCCGAAGGCAGAGCCAGAGCCAAAGACAAAGACAAAGACAAAGACAAAGACAAAGGCAAAGACAAAGACAAAGACAAAGACGACAUCAGCUGGCAGCAAGUUCUCCUCUGCGGAAUGGAGGACAGAGAGAAGAUCCUCCUGAAAGAAUACACCACAAUCCUAAGAAACUACAAGGAGGUAAAGAAAAAGCUCAACGAGGUCGAGAGGAAGGAACGAGACAGCCAAUUCGACACCACCAUACAGAUGAGAGAGCUCAAAAAGGUCAUCUCAAGGCGAGACGAGGAAAUCGCCAAUCUCCGCAUGAGGCUCAGCGCCCUCGAAGGGGACACAGCCCCACUCUCCACCAUCUCAGAAGAAGACGACACGUUCCAGCCCGGAGAAAACGAGGAUGUAACCCUCACCAAGGACAUCAGAGGCCCCCCCCUGACAGACAAAACCAACGAAACAGGGAUGGUGUACAUGGCGUCGUCGCUGUCACAAGUGGAGGAGAAGCUUAGGACAGACAUCGACGCCAUACUAGACGAGAAUCUAGACUUCUGGUUCAGAUUCAGCACCGCGUUCCACCAGAUACAAAAGUUCAAGACAGAGGUCAGAGACUUGGAUGAGGAGCUGUCAAAGCUGAGGGAGAGGCGAAACACAGACAACGGAGGAGGCGGAGGAGACACACAGAUGAAAUCAGAAGUGGUGCCAAUAUUCAAGCACCUGAGGGACAUACAGAGGGAGCUAUCAGUGUGGCUUGAACAGAGCGCGCCGCUGAAGGAUGAGCUGAAAAACAGGUUCACCUCACUAUGCAACAUACAAGAGGAGAUCACGGAGGCGCUGAGGGAAGGGGUGGAGAAGAGAUUCAGCAGCCACCAGGCGGCCAAGCUGCAAGGGGAAGUGCUGAACAUGAAGCAGGAGAAUGAGAAGGUGAGAGAAGAGCUCGAGGUGGGGCUCGACCAUGUAAGCAUGCUGCAGCUGCAGAUAGACAAGACGCUGGGGCUGCUGGAUCAGGAGUUUGGGAUAUCGGAGCAGUCGGAGCAUAGAAAUAAAGUGCCGCUGAGGUCAUUCAUCUUUGGGAAUAAGUCUUCCAAGAAGCCUAAGGUUUCCCUCUUCUCGUGCAUGCAUCCUAGUAGGAAAUAUCAGGUGCUUAGAGCUGGGCUUCGCCUCUCCUCUCAUAAUAACUCUUCUUGAAUCUCUAUCUUUUGUUUUCUUAGACAUAACAUGUGUGUUUUUCAUGCUAACUCAUUUUGUAAUAAGCACUCUCAUAUUUUUUUCCUACUAACAUUUUCACAAAAUUGUGUUUUGUUACCUUAACUACU